CAUUGUUCGUUUGCAUCAAAAUCAAAGGCUUCUUCAUACUCUUCUUUUAUCUAUGAUCAAAGGUAUUUCAAUAAAUACAUCAGGAUAUGAUAAAUACCGAUUAAAAUGUUUUAAUGAAGGAUUUUUGGAGAUAUUUGGAUUACUCUACUCAUUCAGGACAAUAUAACCUUUUUGUGGAGAUGACGAUGGGCACACUUUUAAAUGCAAAUAAAAUGGAUACUAAGUUUACUCAAAGAUGACUGCCUUCAAAUACUAGAUAAUAUUCUAAUACUUAAAAAUACUUUCCACAAGUUUAUUAUGAUUUCAAUCAAUCAGGAGGAAUAUCAUAAGAGGUUUCAAUGGAGGAAUUCUGAAGAUUACUAUAUUCCUAUUUGGGUUACUCUAUUCACAUGUUAUAAAGAUGACCAAGAACACACAAUGCAAACGCAAAAUAAAAGAGGUUACUAAGUUCACUUACAGAUGAUUGUUUGGAUACUCUAAAUUAUAUUAUAAUACUUGAAGAUAAUUUACUCAAGUUUAUUAUGAAUUUGAUGAUAAAUCAGAAGAAAUAUCAUAGAGCAUCAACUGCAAAGAAUUAUAAUAAGUUGAACCAAUUAAAUAGAAAAAACUAAACGAAGCUGAUGUGAAAGAUUUGGCAGCAUAAUAAUUAAUAUAAUUCACAUAUGGAUUUGAAAGAAUCUCGACAAAUCAUCAACAUAGCAUUUUCAUAUAUCUUCCACAUCUUAUAUUCUACUUAAAUUGUGAAUAAUAGGAUAUUUGUUAGCACUGGAUGAAGAUGCAAGUUUUAAGAAGCAAUCUAAAGUUUACUCCCAUUUUUAUUUUACUCUGGCGUCCUCUAUCAGCUGAAAACUUGCUACCAGAAACUUCAAUCACCUCCAUGACUUCUGUAAAUGCUGACCGAUUGAGCAGUGUAUUGCAACACGGUCCUCUGGGCAGAUCUGGUACAUCUGGUGGUGGUUCAAGGCAUUUAAUCAGACAGCAGACGUUUCCACCUUUACAGCCUGGUGCGGCAAGCACCAGAGCGAGGUAUAUGAGUACCGCUGCUGAUUUGAAUGGAGGACACGAGCGAUAUGUGCUGCCGGAAGCAACCAGCAGGUCGUCAACGUCUUCAGAAUCUCUAAAGGCUCCAGGCCUAGUUCCAUUAUCCACGGCACCGCAUCAGUCUGGAAUUUCGACUUCACAAAGAAGUUCUAGAGGAAGUUGCUGGCAAAAAGAAAAUGUUGAUCCGAUGCUUUUGGUAGGUGCAGGAAGCAGAUACAGGUCUCUCAACAGGCGGAGCGGUUCUGCACCUGCUCCAACACUGCCACCAGCAGACGAGAGUUUAAAUUUGACGACUGUGCAGAAACAUGGAGAAAUUUUGAGAUCUAUUCAUGGGGAAGGGGAUCGGUUCCGGCUGCCAUUAUUACAUUAAGUGAGUAACUAGUGGUGUAUGACAUCGUGGCAAAUUGCUGGAACUUUCCGUACAGUAAUGAAAUAUUCUGAAACGUAAAGAUGUGCAAAAAAUUUCAAUUUCUGAAAAAAAGUUGAAGUUGAAGUUUUAAAGUUGAUCCUAAUUUGUAUGUGGAUCCUGAAUGACGCACGCCUCCAAAUCGAAGUGCUCCCACAUCAGGUGCGACAGCGAUUGUGGAGCAGUUUCUCUCAGCAUCAGCUUGAACUACAAACGAAGGGGUUCCGUACCGUGCGAAACUUCUGCCAAAGACAAAAUCCAACUCUCACGUCAACUUACCCACAGAUAACAUACACUGUAUCCAUUACCCAAAUAACAUGCACUCUCUAUCCAUAUUGUCUUUUAGAGCUAAAACUUUUAGAGAAUUUUAUCAAUUUCGAAGCAUUUAAGCACUUGGUAGCAAGGAAAUUCAAAAUUAUCCAUAUUAAGGACAACCCUAAUGUACAGAGUAUCCCCGAAUUAAACGUCAAGCCGAAACAGGGGAUAAAAUCUAUUCUUAUUAUAUCAACCUAAAAUUUUGGCUAAGAAUACAAAAUAGAAAGAGAGAUAGUAGCGUUCAAGUUUACCAAGAGUGAGCAGGAUAGAUAGUGACGUUUUUGUUGGAGUCACCAAUAAUCGGGUUAUUUGAGACUUUUAUUUUUCACUCGAUUUUUUAGGAUGAAACUAACAAGUAUUGUACUAUUUUACAAUCCUGAUUGAGUGCACAAACUUUUAAUGAUACUUGCCAAAGCACUAGUACAUUUUUUUUAAAGAGAAUAGUUAUAAAGAUGACGAAUUUUGGGUUUGUGGUUUAACAAAUAUUUGACUGCGGUUGACUGAAUUUUUCCAAAAUUGAUCAAAAAAACCCAAAAUUAUUUAUUUUCACCAGAUUUCUAGGUUAUUCUUAAAUGCCCAAAAUUUUCGAGAUGUAUACGACAUUUUUUUUUUCUAAUUUUUUUCAUAAUGGUUUCAAUUAAUUCUGUCACCCUGAUUCGGAUUGAUGUUGAAUUAUGGGACACCCUGUAUAUUUUUUCUCGGGACAUACCCGCACAUAGACUUUCUUAAGACAAACAUUUUUAGUACAAAAACUUUGAGCCAACUUCAGUUACGCUUAACUAUAAUAUAUAAUAACUAAUGUUAUAUUGAUAUUUUUUCCAUUUGGAGGUUAGUUUUGAGGCGUUAACAGUAUCAAAAUUUUUGAAAUAUUAGUAUUUUUACAUAUCAGUUUCAUUUAACGCUGCAUUUGUGAUGUAAUAUUACUCGUAAAUGCAUAAAACAAUAUAUUCUUAUAUAUACUCUACUCCAUAUGAGCAUCGCACGACGAAUAUAUUCGCCAAUGCACAAAAUUAUGUCACUUCUCCGUGACGAGUAUGCACGUCAAACUCAGUUAACUAACUUUGAAAAGAAACGCGAAACGCAAAUGUAUCUAAUUUACACGCACAACAAAUAUACUCGUCAAUACCCAAAAUUCGGGCACUUUU